AUUAAUUAUGCAAUAAGGAUAGAGAUUGAAAGAAGCUACUGAAGGAUAGAUUGUUUAAGCUGGAAAUAAGAUUGGAGGACCUUUUAAAAUUGGAAAGCCUGUUUAUUAAGAAAAGAGAUUGAAAUUGUUUACAGAAAUAUAUCAACGAUAAAAAGCAGAACUAGAAGCUAAAGAGAAAACCCCAAUCACUAUAACUUUAAAAGAUGGAAAGAAAUUAGAAGGUUUGUUUUAUCAUUUAAGAUUUUAGGUAAAAAGUGGGUUACUACUCCAUUGAUGAUUGCUGUUGGAAUUAGUAAAAAGUUGGCUGAAAACAUGGUGGCUGCUAAAGUGGUGUAUGAUAGUUUAUUUGAGAAAAGUAUGAAUUCAUAUUAACAACUAGAUUUUGUUGAUGUAGAUCAUGAGGAUUAAUAACAAUAAGCAUCCUCAUUAAAUUUAAAGCCAGAUUAUUUAAUUUGGGAUUUGAGUAGACCAUUGGAAGGGGAUUGUUAAUUGGAAUUGUUAAGUUUUGAUGAUAAUAAUGGAAAGGAAGUAUUUUGGCAUUCAUCUUCUCACAUUUUGGGAUCUGCUUUGGAAGAAGUAUAUGGAUGUCAUUUAUGUAUUGGUCCUGCAAUUGAUGGUGGAUUCUUUUAUGAUUGUUACAUAGGAGAUUACAAGGUUACUUAGAAUGAUUAUGUGAAAAUAGAGAAGGCAGCUUAAGAUCUAGUAGCAUCCAAAUAAGAAUUUUAAAGAGUAGUCUUAACCAAAGAUGAAUGGUAUAAUUGAUUAUUAUUAUAUUUUAGCUUGGAAUUAUUUGGUACUAAUCCUUUUAAGAGACAAUUGAUAACAAAUAAGAUUCCAGAAGGAGCUAUGACUACUGCUUAUAGAUGUGGUAAUUUGAUUGAUUUAUGUACUGGUCCACAUUUACCUAAUACUAGUUAUGUUAAGGCAUUUUAAGUUACAAAGAAUUCAGCUGCAUAUUGGUUGGGUAAGAACACCAAUGAUGAUUUGUAAAGAGUUUAUGGUGUUUCAUUCCCCAGUAAAAGAUUAUUGGAUGAAUAUGUCAAAAUAUAAAAGGAAUUAGCUCUAAGAGAUCAUAGAAAUGUAGGUAAGAAACAGAAUUUGUAUCUCUUCCAUCAAUUAUCCCCUGGUUCAGCCUUCUUUUAUCCAAGUGGUGCUCAUAUUUACAAUACUUUAAUGAACUUUUUAAGAAGAUAAUAUUAUAUUAGAGGAUAUUAAGAAGUUAUUUCACCAAAUAUUUUCAAUGCUUAACUAUGGAAGAUAAGUGGACAUUAUGAUAAAUAUAAGGAAAACUUAUUCUUUAUUAAUAUGGGUGAAGAGGGAGAAUAUGGAUUAAAACCUAUGAAUUGUCCUGGACAUUGUUUAAUGUUUGAUAUGAUUCAACAUAGUUACAGAGAUUUACCUGUUAGAUUUGCUGAUUUUGGUGUUUUACACAGAAAUGAAGUACAUGGUGCUUUGAGUGGAUUAACUAGAGUUCGUCGUUUCCAAUAGGAUGAUGCACAUAUUUUCUGUAGAAUGGAUUAAAUUUAAGAAGAAAUCAAGAGUUGUCUUGAAUUCUUAAGUUAUAUUUAUUCACUCUUUGGAUUUGAAUUUAAAUUGUAUCUAAGUACUCGUCCUGAGAAAUUCUUGGGAACUAAAGAAGUUUGGGAUAAUGCUGAAUAUCAAUUAGAAUAAGGAUUAAAGAAAUUUGGAAAACAUUAUGAAGUAAAUCCUGGAGAUGGUGCUUUCUAUGGGCCUAAAAUUGAUGUUAAAUUAUAUGAUGCCUAUAAAAGAGAACAUUAAUGUGGUACCAUUUAAUUAGAUUUCAAUUUACCAGAAAGAUUUAAUUUAUAAUAUAGAGCUAGUGAAGAUGUUUAAGAAGUAUAGAAGGAUAAAGAAUAAGUUCAUAAUGAAUAAGUGUAAGUUGCUUAAGAAAUCAUUGAUGUUGUUAGAAAAGCUUCUCAUCAUUCAGACACUGAUAAUAUUUCUACUCCUCCUUAACAUCCUUAAUAAUAACCUGCUGAAAUUCCUGUUGCAGAAAAAGUUACUUAAGAAUAAAAUGUUAAACAAUAAAAAAAAUAAAAAUAAUAAAAAGAACCAUAAUAAUAAUAAUAAUAAUAAUAAAAAUAAAAAUUACCUGAAGAAAUAAUUGAAUCUGGUUCAAGUCAAGGAUUAUCAUAACAUGAAUUACACAAAGUCUUACAUGGUAUUUCUUCAUUUAUUAUAUUUAUUAGAAAAGAAAUAUGAAUUGGGAUAUCAUCAUUUAAAGGCAGGAUUUGCAAGACCAGUCAUUGUCCAUAGAGCUAUUUUGGGAUCAUUAGAAAGAAUGAUUGCUGUUUUAACUGAAUAAUGUGGAGGCAAAUGGCCAUUUUGGUUAUCUCCUAAAUAAUUAGUCUUAUGUCCAGUAUCUGCUUACUAUAAAGAUGUUGCAGAAAAGAUAGCUGCAAGACUGAGAUUAGAAGGAUAUACUGUCAGUACUGAUGAAUCUGAUUAAACUCUUGCUAAGAAAGUUCGUAAUGCUUAAAUCUAAUACUAUAAUUUUGUUGGAGUUAUUGGUGAAGAAGAAGUAAGAGCUGGUGUUAUUGAUGUCAGAGAUUGUGAAAAAAAUACUAGAAUUGUAAUUUUAUCUAUUAAUAUUAUUUUAGGGUAAAUUAACUAUUCCUUAAUUGUGUAAAUUCUUUGAAUCCCUUAAACCACCUAAGUCUAAUGUAGAAGUUGAAAUACAUGAACAUGAUGAUUCACAUUUGAAAUUAAAUGAUGAAUUAUAAGAAAAGAUGUUCUUAGAAGGAGAUGGAUAUUCUGUUGGAAAAAGAGAUUUUGAUGAAUUUGCUAAAAUCAAAGAUAUUGAUCCUGCUCUAUAAAAUUUGAUCAGAUGGCACAAAUACAUGACUCAUUUGACAAAAAAAGAUGAAGCACCAGAAAAAGUCUAAUAAGUAGAAUAAAAACAAGAAUGAAAUAAAUUAUAAAGAAUAUAAUAAUUUAAAUAUUUUCC